CAACACCAACAACCGUCGCCGACCUUCGCACGCACACUAUGGCUGCUGUUAACGGUAGUCAAACGCCCUCGAGCGGAGGGGAACUCGCCGUCAAGCCGCCCUCCGAUGUCAUCAUCCCGCCUCCCAACGUGCGCGACAACGUCGCGAAGACGGCCGACUUCGUCUUCCGCAGAGGCGAAAGGGACGAGCAUGCCAUGGUCGUCCGCGUUCGUGAGAAAGGGACCAGCCAUUCGCUCUCGUUUAUCCUCCCCGAAGACCCUUACAAUGCAUACUACGUCUGGUAUCUUCAACAAUUGAAGGAAGGCAAAGGGCCAGAGCAGAUGGCAAAGCGCGUUGUCCAAGACACCAAACCAAAGGGCCCGCCAGAACCCCUGAAAUUCCGCUUUUCCGCAAGAAUGCCCAACAUCAGCGCAAAGGAUCUCGAGAUUCUGAAGCUAACGGCACUUUAUACUGCGCGUGUCGGCGAGAACUGGCUCAAGGAGCUGCGGAACCGCGAGUCCGGCAAUUUCCAGUUCGAUUUCCUCCGAGCGAACCACAGCUUCUUCCCAUUCUUUCGGGCUCUCGUCGACCAGUAUAAGAUAUUGCUUGAGGAGGAGCGGACGGUCGAAGCGCGCAUCGAGGAGUUGCAGCGCAACAUCAAGAAUCGCUUCCACGUAUUGGACCGUGCGAAGCAGCGCGCAGAGUACGUCCGAUUCGUAACGCAGCAAAAGGAAAAGGAGGAGAAAAAGGCGGAGGACGAGAAGAGGGAGUAUGCAUCGAUCGACUGGCAUGACUUCAGUGUUAUCGCGACGGUGCUCUUCGAUGAAGGUGACGACGCUGCAGAUCUUCCUCCGCCAACGAACCUCGCCGAUCUGCAGUCCGCGUCUCUGGAGCAGAAGGCCAUGGUUUCACUCUCGGCUAAGCGAAUCGAGGAAGCGAUGCCUGACGAAGUCUUGUAUUACAACACGUCUCAGCAACCGGCCAUGCCAAUGCCAAUGCCGGGUUACCCAGGCGCGAUGCCGAUGGCACCGCCCGUACAACUCCCCUAUCAGCCACCUCCUUUCGCUCCUCAGGAUUAUCGCUCGCCGGCACAGAAAGCUCGGGAGGAGGAGGAAGCGCGCCUGGCUCGAGAGCGACAAGCGGAGCGCGACCGGGCUACCCAGGCUCAAGCGGCGGCUAGGGGAGCACCCAGCUCGAUGCGAAUCAGAACAGAUUACGUUCCCCGCGCAAAGAAGGCGAAUGUUGCUCUGGUUCAGUGCCCUAACUGCAAGCAGAACUUCCCUGCCGACGAAAUUGAGGAGCAUAUUCGAAUCGAGCUUCUUGACCCGCGCUGGAAGGAACAACGGGCGAAGACCGAAGCCCGAUACUCCACCGUCAUCAAUACGUCCGAGGUCGCCAACAAUCUCAAGCGCUUCGCCAGCCAACGCGACGACAUAUACGAUGGCGCCACUGGCAUGCCGAUAACUGAGGAGGAAGCUGCGCGGCGGAAAAAGGCGGCGACGUCUUACGACGGCCAGCCGGAUCCGGCGAAGGACGCUGCGCGUCUCCAGCAGAUGCAGACCAUGAAUGUCCAGGAGCAGCUCCGUCGCAUUCAGGAGAGGCAUGGCGGUGGCCAGUAAGAGACGAGCAUUAAGGCUAAGUACGUUUCCCUCUGUCUCCCUCUGUCUCUCUCUGUCUCCUAUGGACACCUCAGAGGCUGCCACCUUUGAGAGUUCCUAUUCCCACUGUCUGCUGUACAACAGAUUCAUCGUCUUCCUGCAUUGGGUGGAGUUUUGGAAAGGACGUUCAAUGGUGUUCAUACUCCCAGGAGGGUGCGGUCUGCAGAAGUAGCAGAUACGUAUCGAGCUGCUGCAUCUACUCAGCUCGAGCAGAGCAUGUCUGAUACCCAAACAAAUUAAAAGUCAAUAUGUGUC